AUGGGCAAGGCAUGCCAGGAAGCUCUCGGGAUCACGGAGAUUAUGGACCUGAUCCUGCAGUGCCUUGACAUCGGGGAUCUUCUUUAUAACAAGCGCAGGGUCUCGAAGCUCUGGCAAGCCGUCAUCCUCGGCUCAACCGAGAUCCAGCGCCGGCAUUGCUUCCAGCUGUCGGCGCGAGAAUGGCGAUCGCAGGUCGGGGGGCUACGCCGAGAGAACAAGGUCGUCCGGCGUCUGUUCCCCAACUUGUUCAAAUUCCCAAUACGGCAACGCCCCGGGGAGAACCGAAACCGUCUGCGUUUCGGCGAGGAAUACAGCGAGCACGGCGUCGAGUUUCCAAACGCCUCGUGGCGCCACAUGCAUGUCUUCCAUCCAACAACGACGAAGAUGGCGUGGAUCUUCCGGGAUUCUCAAAGGGAGGAGUAUUGGGUUUUAGAAUUCGACCUACCGCAUGGACUGCAUAUGGGUACGGUUUAUGACACCAAUCAGCUUCUCUCGAGGAUUGAUCGCAACAUUCUAUAUCCAACGACCUGGCAGCGCCCGUGGACAAACUCCCGAAGUGCAAGCAUCAAAGAGCUACUAGAAACCGGCUGCUUCGUUGUCUAUAUUAGAGGACGCUCUAGCAAGCGCGAGAGACAACAAGAUAGCAAAUACGAGCCUUCGGGUGAGGGUUCUAAACGUGUUUCGCACUUAGCACCGCUUUUAUCAAGAGCCUACCAUACUCCUGCUCCCGUUAAAGUACCGGACAGGGACCAGCUGAUGGUUGAGGACGAGGUGCCGAAAAAGUUAGAAGGCCCUCUCGAUGAACUACUUGCCCGAAUUGAUCUAGGCUUCUGUACAGAUAUUGAUGGGGACCAGUCACUUCUGGCAAACUAG